GUCAAAAUUACAACUGCACGGAGACGCCGGAAAUGAAAAACUGUAGCUGGAAAAUUGUGAAUUUUUUCUUUUAAAAUGCUUUGUUAAUAAGACAAACACUACAAAAUGCACAUGGUGAAUGCGGUGACUAGACAAGAUAAAACUGCUGGAAAGUGCUGCCGUGUUACCGGGGAGUGACAUCCUUGACAUUAAUGAGACGGGGUUCUGUUAGCGGCCUCGCGAAUAACUAACACGGUAGAUAUCACAGGGUUAACUGCGGGUUGAAUUAUGAUUGUAGUGGUAGUCGUGGCAACAGUCUUCGUUUUAGUCAUCUUGCUGUGUGGAUUCCGCUCUUUCAGAAACAGGACGAAAAGGGCAAAGUCUUACACAUCGGCAGGGAUAGAAGCAGACGUGGACGAACCACCGACAGUGAGCAGACGACACAAACGAAAACGCGAGAGACGAUACCGGCCCACGCCCAGCAUGGAAGCGUGCGGCCCGGUCGAUAGUAGUUUCGAUACAUGUGACAUGCGUUGCGAUCGAAAUGGUCGAGGCGGUGCUAGUGACAGCGAUUCGAGCGGCGACUUCUCGCCACCUCACAAAACCAAACGAAAGAAACGGAAACGUCGGACCGGAGCGGAACAUCACGAUGACGUCAUUGCGAAACGGGAAAUGGCGAAAACUGACGAAGAAGUAUUCUUGGCUGACGGAGAAGAAUCAGUAUAAGUGUGUGUGUGUAUUUGUGUGUGUGUGUGUGUGUGUGUAGUGUGUGUGCGUGCGUGCGUGUUUGUGUGUGUAUAAAACGUUAAAUAAAUAUAAAUAUAUUGCA